AUGUUGGCUUCCCAGAUUCCUAAGAGACGUGAUGGGAGAAAGAAGUUCAAGGAGACAAGACACCCAGUAUAUCGUGGAGUGAGGAGGAAGAACCCACAAAAAUGGGUUUGUGAAAUUCGUGAGCCAAAUAAGAAGUCGAGGAUUUGGCUUGGGACUUUCCCCACUGCAGAAAUGGCAGCGCGUGCACAUGAUGUGGCAGUGAUUGCGCUCUGUGGCCGGUCCGGGUGUCUAAAUUUUGCUGACUCAAUGUGGAAGCUUCCGAUUCUGACUUCAACGACGGCAAAGGAUAUCCAGAGGACGGCAGCGGAGGCAGCCAAGGCAUUUCGGCCAACGAAGUUGGAUUGA